CCCCGGUUGAACAACGGGAGGCCGGGGGAUUGUGACUUGGCUGGAUAUAUCGAGCUGAAAUCAAACUCUCCACCCUACCUCGUCUUCCCAGUAAAUUACGCGACCUGGACCUUAGCUGAGCUACAAUUCCUGGAAUGCUGGCAGUUACCUUUUGCCGCCUCUGGAAGGCUCCAGAUAGGAGAAGUCUUAUGCUAGAAACUCUAUAGUUUGAUUCACCUGGGCAGUUAGCAGAAAUGUCCGGUGUCACAGGCUAUGGCCGAUUUCUUCCGAGACACGGCAUGGCAUGGACAAAGAAACCUCGUCCUUUUAAAGGGAGCGGAGGAUUCCUAACUGAAUCGGAUCAGUAGUUGAAGUCCUGUAUAGGAGAAAAGGGAGCGGAAGAAGCCCCAUGCAUUCGAGCUUGCAGAAUCAAAAAUCUUUAUACAAAUCUCUGCGGUGAUGAAAACCAUGAAUGGCAGCUGUUUUAGUGCUUCAGAUGCUCUUCAACAUUUUCAGAGCUGGAAGAUCAAAACUGAUCAAGUGAAGAAAAUUGAAUUUAUAAGAACAGGCAAUAAACUAAAAAAUCAACUUGUGAAACUUGAAAAGGAUAAGAAUGUUCUUCUUUUCAAUAAGAAGAGUGAUUUUAGGAUGGAAUAUUGCAUACUGGAAGAACUUGAACACAAAUUGACUAAAAACCGGAAAACAGAAAAAGCAAAAAUACAGCAAAAACUGACUAGAAUCCAUAGUGCUGUUAAGGGACUUCAGCGACAGCUAAAAGAUGUGAAACCAACUCCAGAAUUUGUUGACAAGCUUAGAGAAAUGAUGGAAGAAGCUGAAACAGCAAUAAGUUCUUUUAAAGAAGAGCAGCGACAAAUUUAUGAUGAACUUCUAAGAGAUGAGAAUGCUGCUACUAAUGAGAUCAGUGCCUUAGAAAGAAAAAUCGAGAUGUGGGCUGUAGGAACUUCAGCUGCAAGAAUUUUCAAGCAAUGUGUAUUUCCUUUACAUAAGGAAGUCCAAAAUCAGUUUCCUAAAGAGGUCCUUGAGCUUGAAAGAUUUCUUCAGCAAACUGGAGGAAGGCAAGGAGGUUGGGAUGAAUGUGAUCAUCAAAUCUUCCGAAAAAUUUGGAGAAAACAUAAAGGGAAACCAUCGUACAUCACUGAAACCCUAGAAUACCUUCCUGAUAGAACGAAGGAAGACAUUCAAUCACAUGAGAAAUGGCAUAAAGAAUUUCUAAUUUUAGAGUCACAGAAAAAGGAGGCCAUUCAAAAAUGGAAGAUGAAGAAACAAGAAAAAGGUAAAAUCUUAGUCCAGAAAGAGAAUCCUGAGGAAGAGCCCUCUGAUAUUCAACGUGAGCGUGAAGAAGCUCAGAAGCAGAAAACUGAAGAGGAAAGGAAAAAACGAUUAGCAGAGCUUGAAGCAUGGAAGAAAGACAAAGCACUUGCAACUGCAGCAAAACAGGAAGCUCAGUUAAAAGAGGAAGAAGAGAAGGAGAAAAAAAAGCAGAGGGAACGUCAGCGGCAACUUCAAAUGAAGUUACUGUUGGAAGAUUAUAGUAGAGAGAAAAAGGAACAAGAAGAGCUACUGAGACUUGAAAAAGAAAAAAGAGAGGAAGCUGAAAGGGAAGAGAAGAAAAGAUCUGCAGCAGAAGAAAUUGUUAAAUUCCAAGAACGAGAUCUGCAUAAACUUGAGCUGAAGUUUCUAGAAAAGCAGGCAAAGGAAGAUGAAAAGAUUGAAAAAGAAAAAAGAUUGUCUAAGCUGAGAAAGAAGGUUCACAUUAAUGUAACUCGGGAUCCAUGCAGGUUAUUCAGACCUACAAAAGUUUGGGAAGAACGAACAAAAGAGAUUGGACCUAUAGGUACAGGGCCAGUGUUGUACAUUCCUCAUAGGGCUGUCCCAAGUUGGCGACAGGGAUUAUAAUUGGACAUCUGCAAAUAAUUUAUUUGAAGAUAAUAUAACAACAUAAUGUAUUGUUGUUAGUUUGUAUUAUAUAUGAGAAAUGUUGUACAUAUACAUAUAAAUGUUAUGUUAAAUAAAAGUCAAGUAUAUAUUGUUUCAUUGUGUAAA